AGGUACAAAAAGAACAAAAUCCCAAGAAAAACUCCCCCUUGGAUUUAAUUCCAAUUUCUAGGAUGCCCCAAAGCAAAUCAAUUCAUAUUAUAAUAACUCAGAAUCCAUGGCUUCUAUCUCCGCUCCCAAAACAAACUCCACUCUCCUCCUCCCUCCUCUGUUCCAACUCCUCUCUCUCGCUCCACCUCUCUCCAUGAUCUCCCUCCCCAAUUCGAGCACCAACGCUAGGACCAGGAGUUGGAUCGAAAUGGGGGACGAGGAGUGGGGAAUGGUGGAGAGGAAGGGGACCCAGCUGGUGGUAAAGGAGCGACCUUUCUUCGUUAAUGGGUUCAACACGUACUGGCUCAUGGUUUUCGCCGUGGAUCCGGAGACGAAGGGUAAAAUCGGCGACGUGUUCGCCGAGGCCAAGAGCGUGGGGCUCAACGUUUGCCGAACUUGGGCGUUUAACGAUGGCGGGUGGAGGGCGCUUCAAAGGGGCCCCUUUGAUUACGAUGACGAGGUGUUUAAGGCACUGGACUUUGUAGUUAGUGAGGCAAGGAGCCACAAGAUGAGAUUAAUUCUCUCUCUCUGUAACAACUGGGAGGAUUACGGCGGAAAGGCUCAGUAUGUUAAGUGGGGAAGAGAAGCAGGUUUGGAACUCACUUGCGACGGCGACGACUUCUUUUCGGACCCGACCAUCAAAGAAUACUAUAAAGCUUAUGUCAAGGCUAUUUUGACGAGAGUAAACACGAUAACGAAUGUGGCGUAUACGGAUGAUCCGACUAUUUUCGCAUGGGAGCUCAUCAAUGAACCACGGUGCCCCUCGGAUCCCUCUGGUGAUACAUUACAGGCAUGGAUAGAAGAGAUGGCCUCUUAUGUUAAGUCCAUUGAUCCGAUACACUUGUUAAUGGUCGGCGUUGAGGGAUUCUAUGGUCCCUCUACUCCUGAACGUAUGGAUUUGAAUCCAUCCGACUUCUCGGGCCAAACAGGAACAGAUUUUAUAAGAAACCAUCAAACUUCGGGUAUCGAUAUAGCUUCUGUUCAUAUUUACUCUGAUAGUUGGCUGUCGCACUGCGUCUCAGAAGAUCACCUCGAAUUCGCAAGGACUUGGAUGCAGAGUCACAUGGAUGAUGCUGAGAAAACACUCGGGAUGCCGAUCGUGUUCGGGGAGUUUGGAGUUUCUUUAAAGGGCGAGAGGUUUAAUACCGAGUUCCGAGAAGCCUUCAUCGAGACCGUGUAUGUAACUUUCCUGAGCUCCAUAGAGCGAGCCGGGGUCGGCGGCGGAUGCCUUCUUUGGCAACUCUUCCCGGAGGGGGUGGAGCACAUGGACGAUGGGUAUGCUGUCGUUCUCGCCAAGUCUCCUUCGACACUAGACAAGCUCUCAGUCCAUUCUAGGAACUUCUGCUGCUGAAGAGUGUUAAGUUUCUUUUGUAUCAUUUGGAUGUCUUGUGAAGUAUCUGUGUGUGUGUGUGUGUGUGUGUGUGUGUGUGUGUGUGUGUGUGAUUAUUUAGCAAAGUUUGAAAUAGAGUUACAGGUCACAUUGUAUAAGAUUUGUUUGUUGUAAUAAUAUUGAAUAUAGGAGACAUUUGUUUGUGUGGUAAUAAUUUCUAGUUAAGGAGAAGAUGCUAAAUGGCACAGUUUUUGA